AUGAAAAAUUAUAUAAAACAUAAUAUUAUUAACAACUGUUGUUCUUUAAAUAAAGAAAUAAAAAAUGUUUACACAAAGGUAACAUAUUGUAACCUUCUGAGGGGUAAAAUAUUUGUAAAUAAAUUUAGUAGUAUUAAUAAUUCCAAUAUAAAUCACAAUAAUAGUAGUAAUAAUAAUAAUAUAGAUGAUGUUAUAAAUAAAGAUUCAUAUGAUAAUAAUGAUUUAUAUUUAAAUAAACAAAAAGAAUUUUUAUCAAUUUUUGAUAAUGAUGAAUCAUCAAAGCAAAUAAAAGAACAACAAAGUAGUGUGAAAAUAUUUAACAAUAAAGAUAUGAUAAAUUCAAAGAAUGAGUUAUUAUUAAAUGAUAAAACAUAUAAUAAUUUUAUAAGUCAAUAUAAUGAUAUAAAAUUAAAAAAUAAGUAUAGAGAUAAUGAUAAAAUAAAUCGCUUUAGUAAUAAUGUAAAUUUACAUGAUGAAGAAAAAAGCUUAUGGGAGAUACUUAAAGAAAAAGAAGAUCAUUCAAAAUUAAAAAAAAAAAUGAAAACAUUUCAUAAAGAUAUGAAUGAAAAAAUAAAUAGAGAAUAUGAAAAAAUAAAAAAGGAUGAAAAAUAUUUAGAUAGUCAAAAUGAUCAUAUUGAUAAUAAAAAUAAAAAAGGAAACAAAAAAUUUAUUACAAAUAAUAAUAAUAAUUUUCAAAAUGUAUCUGAUCAUACUGGUGUGUAUACAGAUAAAGAGGAACGUAUGAAAAAUUAUAAUAAUUAUAUUAAAAAAAAUAAAAAGAAUAAUAUAGAUCUUGAAAAUAUAAAUGAAGAUAUUGAUACAUUUUUACAAAACGAUAAAAAAUAUAUUAAUGAUAUUAAAUCAUAUGAUGAAAUAUAUCAAGAAGGAUUAAGUGUGCAUAAUAAUUCAAAGGAAAAUAUAAAAAUGGAAAAUAUAUAUGAAGAUAAUUUAAAUGAAAAUAAAAUUAAUAAGAAUGAAUAUAUAUUAAAUGAUUAUAAUGACCAAAUAGAUAUAAACAAUUUAAUUCAAGAAGAUCUGAAAUAUCAAACAGGUACUUCACAAAUCAAUCCAUAUGGUAAAAAAAUGAAUAAGCUAGCUAGCGAUAUUUUAAUAAAUGAUUUAAAUGACCCCCAAAAUAAUAAUAAUAAUAAUAAUAAUAAUAAUAUUAUUAACAAAUGUAAUGUAUCUAUUGAUUGGGAGAAAUCCCUUUUUGUAGAGGAAAGAGAUGAUAUAUCAGCAAAGGUUUGUAUAGAUAAAUUGUCUAAAGGUCAAUUUAAUGAUGAAAAAAAAAAUAUGAUAUAUAAAGAUCUUGAAAUAUUACAUAAUAAUAAUAAUAAUAAUAAUGAUAUGAUAUCAUCCGAAUCAUGUUUUGUUGAUAUUAAAGCAAAUGAUAUUAUAAAAAAAAUAAGUGGUGAAAAUCUAAGCACAAUUAUUGAUGGUAAUAUUGACAAUUUAAUCAUACAAAGAGAAAUAAAAAAAGAAAAAAGUGUAAGUGGAAUAAUUAACGUUUUAUAUAAUAAUUUAAAAAAUUGUGAUAUUAUAAAUUUAAGUAGUGCUUUAGUAAAAAUAUCAAAAUUAAUUGAUUCUUAUCAAAAAGAAAGUAUUAUAAAAAAUUAUAUGUUUUUAUCUAUUAUUAAAAAGAUAGAAGAAAAUAUGAAUUUAUUUGAAAUAUCUAAUUUAGUACAAUUAUUUUAUGCAUUUGUUAAAAUAGAUUAUUAUCCAUACUUUUUUAAUGAUAUAAUAUUUGGUAUUAAUAAUAAAAUAAAUGAAUUAAAUACAAAACAAAUAUGUAGUGUGUUUUAUACAUUGAGCAAUAUAAUUCUAGAAACAAAUGAAAGUAGAAGUUUAAAAUUAAAAAUGAUUGAUUUAAUCAAAAGAAAUAUUUCGAGCUUUGUUUGUUUAAAUGAUAUUAUUUGUUUACUUACAUCUUUAUCAAAAUUAAAAUAUAAAGAUGUAUAUAUAUAUUAUGAUCUCUCCAAAAAAAUUGAAGAUAAUAUUGAUAAUUUAAAUAUGAAACAUAUAAGUAAUAUAUUAUGGGCAUUUAGUAAUGUAAAUUAUACAUCUAAAUUAGUAAAAAAAGUAAAGAAAAUUAUAGAAAAAAAUAUACAUCAAGCUAAUUAUUUAGAUAUUGUUAAUAUUAUUUAUUCACUUACAAAAUUAAAUGAAUAUGAUGAAUAUUUAUAUAAUGAUAUAUUCUAUAAUGCUAUUAAUAUAUAUAUACAUAAUAUGACUAUAAAAAAUUUAUGUAUUAUUCUAUGGUCUUAUACAUAUGCUUCAAAUAUAGAAAAACAUGAUUUAUAUAUUAAUAUCCUCACUAAGAUUAAUGAAAAUAUGAAACAUAUUACUACAAAAGAUAUUGUAUCAAUUUUAACUUGUCUAAGUAGAAUUAAAUAUAAUUAUAGAUAUAAAGAUUUAUUUAAUCAUUUAAAAAAUAAAAUUAUCAAAAGUUUAUAUUCUUUUACUCCUUUACAAUUAACAAAUGUUAUAUAUCACUCAUCCUUUUUAGAUAUUUAUGAUCAUAAAUUUUAUUAUUUAUUAAUUCAACAAGCAUAUCAAAUAAGAAAAUUAUUAUAUCUCGAAAAUUUUACUUUAAUAUUAUAUGCUUUAAAAAAUAUAUCUUAUUUAAACGUACACAAUUUUCAUGUAUUCCAAUUGAUAUCUUAUAUAUUACAUCAAAUAAAAAAUAAGUACAAGUUAUUGUCUGGAGAGGAUUGUAUUAAUAUUAUGCUAAUAAUUAUAGAUUUACAAAGAUAUGAAAACAGGGGUUAUUUUAGUUUCACAAACAUACAAAAAAAUUAUAUAAAUAAUAAUGAUUAUCACAAUAUAAAUCAAAAUAAUGCUAAUAGUAUGAAUGAACAAAAUAAUAUGUAUCACCAAAAACACAACAAUCAAAUAAAUAAUAUAAUAAAUAUAUUUGAUGAUAAUGUAGAUUUGGAAUAUAUGCAUUUAAAAAAUAAUAAUGAAACAAAUAAAGAGAUAGCAGACAUAGAAGAAAUAUAUUUACCAUAUAUAAAUGAUUUAUUAUAUGAACAAAUAAAAAUUAGAUUAAAUAAUUUCUGGCAAUUAAAUAUAAAAGAUGUUAAUAAUUUAUUAAUCAUUAUGAAAAAUAUGCAUAUGUAUGAUGAUAUUAUAAUAAAUAUGAUAAUGAGACAAAUAAUACCCAUAUUACUAAAAAGUACAAGUAUGGAAUUUCUAAUAUUCUUAAGUAAUAUUAAUCCAAAUAAACGUUUGAAAUAUAUUAUUCUAACACACUUAUCAAGAAGACCAAAACUUAUAAGUGUUUUUAAAAAAAAAAUUAACUCUAUUACUAGUCGUAUAUUAAAUAAUGUAGAAGAAAAUGAUCAACAAUUUAUUUUAAAUAACGGACAAUUAACAUAUGAUGAAUCCAAUACAAAUACGGAUAAUCACCAUCAUAAUGAUAAAGACAAUCUUGUUGAUAUUAAUAAAAAUGAAAAGAUAUCACAAGUUAUAUGUGAUAAUACAAAUAUAGAUAAUUAUGAUAAUGAACAAAAAAAAAAUGUUUUAUACGAUAUAGGAAUAAAUAAAAAAAAUAUAAAAACCAAUGUAGAUAUUAAUAGUUGUAUAGCAUUAACAUAUGCAUGCUUUAACAUACAUUAUGAAGAUGAUAACAUAUUAAAAUUAUAUGAUAUUAUAGAACAUAUGAUACUUGAAGAAAAAAAAGGUAUAAAUUCUUUUAUGUUAAUUAAUUUUAUUUAUAUAUUAACCUUAACAAAUAAUAAAUUGGAACUAGCUAAAAAGUUAUCACAAGAAUAUAUGCAUUUUAGAUAUGAAACAGAUUUGGAUCAAAAACAUUUAGAUACAUCAAAUCAAAUAGAAAAUAAUAAUAUAAAUAAUAGUGGCAAUAAUUUUAUAUCAAACAAUGUAUGUAAAACUAUCAAUCCAAAUAUAAGUUUUAAUCUUUUAUACAAUGAUGAACAGGAUAAUAUAUCAUUUAGUUAUAUAGAAAAAGGUGAUGAAGAAUCUUGUUUAAUCUUAUUAAAGUUAUUAUAUGUAAAUAUUAUAUUAAAUAAUUAUAAUUAUUUAUAUCAUAUUUUAAGUGAAAUUUCAAAAUAUUCAAAUAGUUCUUAUUCACAUGAAUUUCUUACAUUAUCCAAACAAGUAUGCUACCACAUAUAUAAUUUUACAGAUUUUAUUUCUAAAAAUAAAGAGAUGACACCUCUAUGGAUCAAAGUUUUUGAUAAUGUAUACAUAUGUGAGGAUAAUAUAUAUAUGGAUUUAGACUAUGAAAGAACAACUGUUAAUUUGAUAAACCAAGAAGAAAAUCAAAUUGUUAAUCUACAAUUAAAUAAUAAAAAAAUAUGCAAAGGUAUUGAUAAUAAUUUGAAUAUCGCUAAAUUUUUUUAUUAUAUAUUAAAUUUUAAUAUGGAAGAUAUUAACAAUGGAGGAGUCAAUCAUCUUGUCAGUAAAAAGGAGAAGAAGAAGGUUAAAAUGUUUCACUUUGAUCAUAUAAUUACAGAUAUAUUGAAUUUUUUAAAUAUUGAAUAUAAAGGAUCCUAUACUCACGAAAAUAUUUACAAUAUUUGCUGUUCAUUUCCAUAUGAGAGACAUUUAAUUGAUUUAAUAUCAUACGAGGAUGUUUUAUAUCCGUCCAACAAGCCAUUGUUAUCCUCAGAGCUGAGGCAAAAACAGUUAGCUUUAAAAGGUUGGACUGUACAUUCAAUAAAUUUCCGAGAUGUUUACAACAGCAUAAAGGACAAAAAUAUUAUAAGCUAUAUUUUUAAUAUAUGCAAAAAAAUAAAAAAAAAUUUAAAUACCUUAACAAGUCAGGAAAAAAAAAUGGAAGAAAAGGAUUUUUGGGAAAAUUUGAAAUAUGCCAAUAUAUAA